ACUUCCGCGUCCAGAGUGUGACCGUUGUUUGUGUGGUGGUUUGGCUCAGUUCCGCGUCUCGCGGGCCCAUCUGAAUUUCCUGGACCUAGGCGUGCGAGCCUCAACGGCCCCGCGCUCGAUUUACAGGCGAAGAAGCCUCGGCGGAGAGCGGAGCCCGACUUCUCAAAGAGGACUGCACGGAGGUAGAGAGAUUGACUCCUUGGCUACUGACAGCUAAGCUCCACGUAUGGUUCUGCCUUCCCAGCAUCUACAUAAAUCAGGACUCUGCACAUUCUCAGCAUAGGAGGAAAAUGACCACGUUCAAGGAAACAGUGACAUUCAAGGACGUGGCUGUGGUCUUCACUGAGGAGGAGCUUGGGCUGCUGGACUCUACCCAGAGGAAGCUAUACCAAGAUGUGAUGCUGGAGAAUUUCAGGAACCUGCUCUCAGUGGGACGUCAGCUGUUCAAACAAGAUUCAUUCCACAUCAUAAAGGAAGGAAAGUUUUGGAUGAUGAAGACAGCAACACAAAGAGAAGGGAAUUUGGGAGGCAAGAUCCCAGCUGAGAUGGAGACUAUUCCAGAAGCAGGACCACACGAAGAUUUGUCCUGCCAACAAAUCUGGGAACAAAUUGAAAGUGACCUAACCAGGUGUCAAGAUUCCACGAUAAAUAGCUCUCAGUUCCCCAAACAAGGUGAUUUGCCCUGCCAGAUUGAGGCAGGACUAUCAGUAAUUCAUACAGGACAGAAACCUUACCAUGGUAAUGGGUAUGAACAGUCCUUCAGUGAUGUCUCCAACUUUGAUCUUCAUCAACAGUUGCACUCAGGAGAGAAGGCACAUAUAUGUGAUGAGUGUGGAAAAAGCUUCUGUUAUAGCUCAGCUCUAAAUAUCCAUCAGAGAGUUCACAUGGGAGAAAAAUGCUAUAAGUGCGAUAUGUGUGGUAAGGAAUUCAGUCAUGAUUCACAUCUGCAAGCCCAUCAGAAAGUCCACACUGUAGAGAAACCGUUCAAAUGUGAGCAGUGUGGGAAAGGCUUCAGUCGUAGAUCAGCACUUAAUGUUCAUUGCAAAUUACACACGGGAGAGAAACCUUACAAUUGUGAGGAAUGUGGGAGGGCCUUCAUUCAUGCUUUCCAUCUUCAGGAACAUCUGAGAAUCCAUACUGGUGAGAAACCAUUCAAAUGUGAUAUAUGUGGUAAGAGCUUCCAUGGUAGAUCAAACUUUAAUAGACAUGCUACGGUACACACAGGAGAGAAACCAUUCAGAUGUGAUAUAUGUGGUAAGAACUUUCGUCAGAGAUCAGCACUUAACAGUCAUUUCAUGGUCCACACAGAAGAGAAACCACACAAAUGUGAGGAGUGUGGAAAGGGUUUUAUCUAUAGACGAGAUCUUUAUAAACAUCAGGUAGUCCACACGGGAGAGAAACCAUAUAAUUGUAAAGAAUGUGGUAAGAGAUUCAGAUGGUCCUCAUGUCUUUUGAAACAUCAGCGUGUCCACGUGGAAAAAAAAACAUUUAAAUGUGAAGAGUGUGGGAGGAGAUUUUAUAGAAAUUCACAAUGUUAUUCCUAUCAGAGAGCCCACAGUGGGGAAAAGCCAUACGCAUGCUAGGAGUGUGGGAAGGGCUACAAAAGGAGGUUGUAUCUUGACUUUCACCAGAGGAUCCACAUAGGAGAAAAACUCUAUAAUUGUAAGGAAUGUGGGAAGAGCUUCAUUCAGGCCCCAUGUCUUUUGAAACAUCAGAAUCCACAGUGGAGAAAAACCAAGUGUGAAGAGUGUGGGAAGAGAUUUACACAGAAUUCAGAACUUCUUUCCCAUCAGAGAGUUCACAAUGGAGAAAAGCCAUACAAAGGUAAGGACUGUGGGAAGGGCUUCAGCUGGGCCUCAACUCGUCUAACCCAUCAGAGACUUCACAGCAGAGAAAGAAAGAAGAGCUUUGUACACAGUUCCUACUUUAAACAACAAAAAGCCCACAUUGGAGAAAAUCCAUACAAAUGUGAGUCUGUGGGAAGGGCUACAGCAAGAGCUUACAUCUUGAACUGCAUCCACAUGGGAGAAACACCAUGUAAGUGUGGGGAGUGUGGUAUGUGCUUCAAUCAGGUCUCACGUCUUCUACUUCAUCAAAGAGAAACUUAGAAAUACAGUGUGCAUGGUAAUAUCUUCACUCAGCAUUCUCAGCUACAGUCAGGUCAUCUGAGUUCCACAGGGAAGAAACACUGAAAAUGUGAGCUGUGAUAAGCACUUCAGUUCGAGUUUCUGUCUUAUUUAUCACAGAAUCCAUGCUGAUGAUAAAUUUUAUUUGGUCUAGUAGGAGGGAAAACAGUUGUUUAAAUAAAGUCAGUAUUUUGGCCAUAGCUCAGCGUAUUGCAGUGGUUCAGAGACCACAUGUUGGAGAACCCUUGUAAGUAGUGAAGUAAGGGUUUCAUUCAGAAGCUUGACGAUUAUAAUUAUCACUCAGGAGACAGGACUUAGAAAGAAUAAGGGUUUGUUCAGGCAUUUACAAAACUCUCAUGAUACACAUUCCAAAAUUGCUGUGUACUAGAUUGUAUGCUCCAUGAGGACAGGGUCUUUGUUUUCUGCUGAAUUUCCAUUGUCUUUUUUUUUUUUUUCAGCCGGCCAGUAUAGGUCCUUGACCAUGGUGUUACAACACAGUGCUCUAACCAUCUACAACCUUAACAUUCAUUAGCACUUUAUAGGUGUGUUCAGUGCUUGUUUGUUAAAUGAAUGAAAAGGAGAAUAUUUACAAUAUUUUAAAGUUGUAUCCAGAAGAAGAAACCUGCAAAGAAUGAUUCAGGGGAACAAUCAUGAGUUGAAAUUCAGAAUACACUCCUGUACUACAAUGCACAGCAUUAUUUUGAAUAUUAUCAUGUUACACUUGGCCCCUGGCUUCCCCCAUCCUCUGUUCUGAAGUUGCGUUCUUAUUAUUUGUGGCUAUGUCUAGUGUUUCAUUGGUUGUGUACCCUAUGAAUUCAGCUAUCUUUUGUAACUUUUAUCACAGUACAGACUAUAAAGUUUUAGUUAACUUUGCAGUAACAGACCACUGCAUAUUUCACCAUCACAUUUUUCCAACAGUGUUAAGGCAGGCUUUAUAGUAACACUUUAAAAGUGUCAAAUGUAGUUGUCAUUGACAAAAGUUUUCUUAUUCCUUCCUCAGUUGAUCAUGAUUUGUGAUUCUCUGCAUUUUCAUGCAAUCUUUGAUAUGAUCACCUUCUAAUUGCUGUAGCAUUUCUUUUAUCAAACUUCUCAGGUAGAAGCCAUGCCAGAUUGGAAGGGCAUCUUUUGUCAACCUCCUUACCCCACAUUCUUCUCCUAUCCCCCUGAAGUAAAUACCAAGAGAAACUUAUUGGUGAUUAGUAAUUUCAUCAAAUAUAUUUAUUAUUGGGGCCACACAAACAUGCUGUUCUUUGUUGUUGUCAGUAAAAAUAUGUCUUUUGGUAGGCUGUAUAUGAAAAUAUGAGAAUGUUUUGAUCUCAAAAUUAUGGAUUGGAAAUUAUG